CUUCUUUCGCCUUAUUAUUUUUUUUUGGUCGUCCUCCUUCUUCUUCUCCUCCUCCCCUUCUACAAAACUUUUUACAACAACAACUUUCUCUCUCGUCGCGUCCGCACUCCAGUUUCUUUCAUCUACUAUCCACCACCACCACCAGCUAAAAGAGCUGGAAUAUGCGCUAUUGUCUUGACGCGUCUCAUAUAAUUUCAACCGCGUCCAUAUAAUAUUUCCGAUUUCCUCUACCUUCACAUGGUUCAUUGUGCGGCUAGUCAAUAAACCUUUUGGCUAUCUCAUAGCCAGUAAGGCACAAUGGUGCUCUUUAAACGCAAGCCGGUGCAGUUUUUACUGCCCCCGCCGCUUGAGGAUGAAAAUGUUGAGGUGUGGUAUAUCCCCCAGACCGGGGAGGUAUUCGUGAACUACGAAGAAUAUUUGAAUCGGAUGGACUUCUACAGUCAGCCCCGAUUCAUAUGUCAGAUCACAGGUCAUUCCGGCUUAUCCUUCUUUGAUGCUUUGAAGAGCGAGCAUGAUGGUGCUCAAGAGGUCGAUCAAGCGUUCCCCGAAGCCCUCAAAGCCCCAGUCCUACGCCGCGUCCAAUUUCAAACGAUAUCCCGAAUCGAUACUUUAGUCGAUAUGAUUUUCGAUGAGUUUAAGGCCGAUUAUUACCCAGGAGAAGCGGUGGUAGUCCUACUAGAUAAUGGGGAACGUGCGGCUGGAAUAGUAAGAGACAAAGCACGUUUAGGAAGCAAGGUGUUGCCAGACGGAACGCUCACACAGCCAUACUCGCGCUAUAUGAUUAGCCUCGACAAUCGGCGGGAAGUGUUGAUGCACGGCAACAACAUCUGCCGUGAUAGGAAGAUCUUUACCAAGUCGGUGUUGCGUUCCUUUAUCAAGAACACCGUAACUCGUGAAUCAUGGAAUGGUGCCCCUUGGCUCGUCAAGCACACUGUUGCCGCGCAAUACCAUAUCGACACGCGAAUACCGCCUCACCUACGCCACGAGACUAGAGUCGCUGAACGAAAGCAGCAUCAGGCGCAAAAGAAGGCGUCACAACCAACUACCAAUGGCAAUCACGAGAUGAAUGGCAUGGGUCCCGCAUUUCCGAACUUUGGCCCAGCCCGACUACCAGAACUCAAGCCUGCGCCAAAGAGCCACAAGGUAGCAAAGACUCACCAUAAUCAGUCGCCGCAUCACCAGGACCACAUGGCGCAUAUGCCCAAUGAUGCCGAUAUGUAUCUUGCUCAGCAUCAAGGACCGCUGCCACAAGUACCAGGGAACCAACCUUUUCAAUUCCCCAUGCCUUUUAGGAACAGCAUGCCCCCUCCUCCUCUGGCCACGCAGCCUCAACCUCAGUCGCGACCGGAACCCCCGCCUCCUCCUCCGCCUCCUAAGUAUCCUAUCGAGGAUCUACAACUAGAACCGCGUGACGACUGUGUCCGCCCGGCACUGAAAUUCAUGUGCAAUGACCCGCCAGAGGGUGUUAUCGACAGUAGCGCGCAAAACGACAAGAUUCUGAUGAAGUCUAUUGGACCAUUGUUAGAGACGUGGGAUACGCUUAACAUAUAUUGCGAGGUUUAUAAGCUUGACUCUUUCACCUUUGACGACUUCGUUGAAGCGAUGGAAAUUACAAGCGAAGAUAUUCCUUGCCAACUAUUUACCGAGAUUCACUGCGCACUUUUGAAACAGAUAGUAAGCACUGAAGCCGACGGCGGGAAGUUACUAGUCGAUUUACCAGAGCUUGACGAAGAUGAAGAUGAGGACGAAGACGACGAAAGCUCAGUCCCAAGUCCUGAACCAGAGCCCGAACCAAAGCCGACAGGACGUGCUACUAGAAGUAGCUUGGCGAAACUCGAGGCAGAGAGACUUGCUGCCGAAGCCGCCGCCGCUGAAAAGGAAAAGAGCCCUGAAGUGAAGAUUAAGCACCGCGCUGCUGAAGUCUUGGCUGACUUCAACUGGAUCGAGCAACUAAAGAACCGUCAUUUCCAGGACGGUGGUUGGGAGAUGAUCCUGGUUGGACUUCUACACCAAUUAUCCAAAAAGCCGCAAGCAACCGAGUCUUGCGAAGAACUACUGGCACACCUUGUGCCUCCCGAUGUUGAGCCGUCCCAGGAGACAGUCCGCGAACAGUAUAGCCAGCUCGACCUAAAUCUUCGUGUCUCCGCUCUUCAGAUCUUAUGCCUCUUAACCGUAGACACUAAGGCAUUCCGCGCAUAUAUGGAAGAAUGCGCCGAUACUAUGACGGGUUACAGAAAGGAGAAGAUCGAGUGGCAAAGGCAACGAAAGCAAGCUAUCGAGGAUCUGAAAGGCCUUAAUGAUCAACGCAAGAUUCUACUCCCAGAGAACAUGCCGCCUUCCCCGCCCGCCGAGGAACCCGAGGCCGUCAAAACCAAUGGUGAUGUCAAGAUGACCGAUGUGGACGACUCGGCUGAAGAACCCAGUGAAGAGGUUGGUGAUAGUGACGCGGAGGAUAAUGUUCGUCGCAACACUCGACGAGGUGGUAAUCGCGCAGCAGAACGCCAACGCAAACGCGAGGAACAAGAACGAAAGAAGGAGGCAGAGUUGGCUGCAAAGGUGCCAAAGCAGUCUAAACAAUUUGUGAAGUUGCUCAAGGAUAUCCAAAAGAAACAGGAUGCCAUUAAGAACUGCGAGGAUGAAAUUGCUAUCCUCGACAAUGAUCUCCGAGAGGCGGAUUGUGCCCGAACGCGAAUUCUCGGUAAAGAUCGAUUCUGGAAUCGGUACUACUGGUUUGAGCGAAAUGGUAUGCCGUAUGGUGGGCUUCCCACUAGCUCGACAGCUGAUUCUGGAUACGCCAAUGGUUGUAUUUGGGUUCAAGGUCCCUUGGACAUGGAACGCGAAGGAUAUAUCGACAUGCCUGCGGAGUACCAGGAUGAGUACAAGGCCAAAUUUAAGAUGACAGUACCCCAACGCAAGAAGAUGGAAGAGGGUCGUACCAGCGUAUUCAACGCGCACCAAUGGGGUUAUUACUCGGAGCCUGGCGAGGUGGAUUCAUUGCUGAGCUGGCUGGAUCCUCGGGGUUUUAAUGAAUCCAAACUGCGAAAGGAGAUCUUGAUAUACAAGGAAAAGAUCGUUACGCAUAUGGAAAAUCGAAAUAAAUACCUUGGUUUGACGGGUGAAGAUGAGGAUGGAGAUGAAGCAAAGGAGAAUGGCAAAGAUGAACCCAAGCGAAUGACGACCCGUACAAAGGCCCAGGCUACUCCAGAGCCUACACACUUCCGCUGCCUCAAUUGGUCCAAUAACGUUGCGAUCGAUGAAUUUGGGCACCUUCAUAGCGAGCUACCUCCCCCGCCGAAGACGAAGGGCCGUAAGGCCGCACGAAAGGCCAAAAACUAAUUUGUUUUUGACUAUAUUCUACGACUAAAUAAAUCAUGACAACAUCGCAUAAUACAAUAAACGGUCUAGGCGCCCGGUACAUAGGCAAUACGCAUAAAGAGUUACGAACGCAACAAUUCAACGAAUUUCUAUUCUAUAAGUUUUAGAAGGGGUCAUUUGAGUAGAGAAAAAAAGCCGUGGCAGGCGAGGCGUUCCUGAUUGAUUGAUUACACCCAAAGGUGUUCUAGGCGAGGAGGGAGUUUUUUUCUUAGGAUGAGCCAUGAAUCAAGUCAGUCGAUGGACUUUUCGCAUAGGGAGGAGUGGGUUUGUUUUUGCUUGCAGUUGCGUUGAGAACCGAUAUGGUGGGAAGGCGCGAAAUCGAGCGUCUUGUUCUGUACAUAAGGCCAUAAGAGAGGGGCCGAUGACUCGGAACGCAAUACAUAACAAUGAAUUCUAUAAUCUUGACUUGUUUUCUUGUGGUGACUUGAUAUUAUCGCUCUUCGUUACGAAAUGCACCAUCUUUAGACGUUGCUGCAUAUUGACACGAUAUGAACGAUCGUGGGUAUCGUAUUGAAAUGCGACAAAGAUCCAUGGAUGCGCCCAGU